AUGGCCGAUAGCUUUUUGCAAUUAGUAGGUGAUCAGCACCACACGGCAGGCAAUUGCCUUGAUGAGCAAGGUGAGUCAUCGUGACGCGCUGCCGCGUUGUUUUGUUCGAUCUUUUUAUCCCAUAAAUUUACCAUAACUGGACCAUUUUCUUACGCGAUAGGUUGUUUUAGAAAUUCCAUGAGAUCUUGAAAAGUUGCACUGUCCUUGAACACUCAAAGUGUUAAAUUCAAAAUACGAUGCGGGAUCUAUUCUUUGAGACCAAUGUAAACUAGCAGAAACACCUCAACAACGAGCUCAUGCAAGCAAAGUUAUUGCCAGCUGUAUCGAUGGAUUCAUUAAGCGUCCUCUUUCCGAAAAAGAGCAAUGUCACGUAAGACGUUAUGAUCGAUCAGAGUCUUCGAAUCAUUGUAGUUGUUGCAAUCUUGACUAAACUGAUUCGUAAUUACGUCUAAAUUGACUGAUGCCACUAAAUUGACUCCAUCAGUGUUUUGUAUUAAUAAUUCAAAUGAUUAAAUAGUCUCCAUUGGUAAAUUCAAUGGCGGUAAUCAUAUUGCAUUGGAGAGCGCAGGCGUCAUAAUUACUUUGAGCGCGCGAAAUCAUCACUGAAGAAGCAAUUCUCGAAUGAUUCGCACUUUAGCCACUGCGUUAUCUUGCUAUCAAUAUCAAUUCUCACCAAUGUUUUUAUUUUGCACUGAACUUUGUCAAAUUUCUUAAACGAUAACCUAUUGUGUUUCAGAGGACCAUGAGAUCGGAUUUAGUAUCGGUCGUAUUAAUAUAUUUUUUGAAUAAAGUUAACAGAGCCGCGCUAUGCCACUAACGAUUUCAAUUUCGCCUCCACCGUACUAACGGAAUUUACGCAAGUUGAGAACAAAGACAACGAAUCACCUCGUGCAUUGGAAGGGCAAGAAGAUUGA